AUGUGGCCGCUACGAGGCGGAGAAGCCAGUGCACCUGCUGCAGCCACGAUUGGCGAAUACAAACAAUAUGAACUUCCAACAACAACAUAUGCACAAGACAAAGCACCAAUAACUGAUGAAGCCCAUAGAAAAAAGCGUAGACAUGAGGAAAGGAAUCUUCUAGUCAAAGAACCCAACGCCAUCGGCCUUGGCAAUGUACUCAAGGGACAGGCACCACUUAUGAGAAGAGAGAUGUUUAGGCGAAGAAUCUUUCCUAUACGAUUCGAGGAGUCCGCCAAAAACGUUGAGGAAGUGCAACAACUACUUAUGCAGAGGCAACCACUUGGCCAGUUUGUCAUUUCGGUGUUUUAUCUUGCACUUCUCCUGAUUUUCAUCGCUUUUUCGUUGGAAAUUACCAGGACAUUUGAAGCGGCAGAUGGAGUGGCAUCACCGAUAAAGUCUGCCCUGGCACCGUCAUUAUCUAAUUUUAACUGGGUCAGCUACGAGGCUGCAAAAGCAGCACAGAUAACUCCGACACCCGCGUCAGUAUCCGUUACUCCUGAUUCAGGACGCCCAAAAAAUGUCUUCACGAUCAGCAGCAAAUCUGACGUGGCCUCUUGGCUCCUCUAUGGAUUUAUUCCCCUUCUUUAUGGAGCAACGUCAGGGACAAGCAACUUGGGCACAGCAAGAGUAGUUGGGAACUGCUUUAGGCUCACAUUUCGACAAGUCCAGCUGGAAGAAGUUGAAGGGUAUGACUUGGGGUAUGAGGGUGUUUGGCCAUUAAGUUGGGCUGGUGCCUCUGCCUCAAUUGCAGCAGCAAAGCUGCGGUCAGAAAACCCUCUCACAAAUCCAUCAAGCUCACGAUUUACAUACUCUUACCAGUUUGCUCCCUCCGGAGACGACAAAGCAUAUAACCAAGGGGGAGGAUACUAUCAGGUCAUAUGUGAAGGUGGGUCGUGUUCCAAAAAACACUGGCACUUUUCGAAGGAAACCAAGUGA